CUCCAUGACCUCAUGCGCCGACAGGUAACAGUGAAUGCUCGACUGGAAUAUAAUAACCGACAAUCUCGGUCUCAUAAAUGUGUACUGGUAAUUAAAUAUCCGUACCCAAGCAAUUAAGCAAACAUAUUUUCCCUCCUCUCCAAUUGUAUACCUACCUGCAAAAUCAUGGCGGACCCCUCCCUUUAUACCUAUCCUUCCCCUCUGGAAGGCUUCAGAAAUCUACCAGACCUUCCCAAUGAGAUCAACCUGGAGGAUGGGAAAUCCUACGUCAAUCCACCGGUAGCUCGGCCAUCCCAAGCGUACGAUCGUUUCGCCGAUCCUAUAACGAACGGCAAACGCGGAGGAUUUGAUAUUCACAUUUACUUUCUACAUACAUCCGAGGAUGAGGUGAAGUUCGCUCGCGAGCUCCACGAACGGAUCCGACGAGAAUUUCCCGAGCUUCGGAUCUACAAGCUCUUCGAUAAGCCCGUCGGACCACACCCUGUCGGUAUGUUCGAAGUCAAUCUGUUCACGCCGCAGCAGUUUGGCGCCUUCAUCCCGUGGUUGGUGAUCAAUCGCGGUCCGCUGUCGGCACUGAUUCACCCGAAUACGCUGCAAGGAAACGAGGAACGAGAUCAUACGCAACUGUCGACCUGGAUGGGGGACAAGUGGCCGUUGAACUUGGGAUUGUUCAGGAAGAACGGAUUUAUGAGGAGUGGUCUUGUGAGGGAACCUGGGCUUCCGAUAUAGUGAACACGGGGAGGGGAAUUAAGAACAUGACGACGAGCACCGUGCUAUAUUGACAGUUGAGCGCUCAUGAAUUGACUCUCAUUUUUAUGAUGUUAAGUUCUUGGCUCGUCAUUGCGAACCAGGCACCAUGUAAUGCAUAUCCACGCCGCCAUGAAAUCCCAGCCGUGCGAAACGUACAGUCAAAUGAACCGUCAUGCUUAGAAGACCAGCGCCGCACCCUUCGUCUUCUUGUCACCACUGCAGCGCACCGGGUCAGCAAACGUGAAAAUC